AUGUCGCUCCAAGACGCAUAUUUCGCGGCGCCGCCAAUAUCGAGAACCAUCACAGCUGCUAUAGUAUUGCUCUCGUGGCCAGGAUGGUUAGGCCUCUAUGACCUAGGAUGGACGAUUUUCGAGUCAGGAAAAGUCUUCACCAUCAGCCAGUUGCCUCAAAUAUGGCGCCUUGCAACAGGGCUUUGCAUCACUGGUCCCAAAUGGGGCUUGAUCAUGGACCCAUUCAUCUUUUGGCAGUAUAGCAGCCAACUCGAGACUAGCAAUGCGCGGCUCAGUUCACCUGGCGCAUACGCAUUCUACCUACUCUUCAACGCCGUUAUCGUCUUGUUGACAGGAGGGUGGUACCUUAAUGGCAUGUUGUUGCUCAGCCCCCUGAGCAUGGCGUUGAUGUACACCGCCUCGAUGGAAAACCCCAACGCACAGGUCUCGUUCAUCAUCAUUCAAAUGCCAGCGAAGUAUGUCCCAUUCGCUUCGCUAGUGAUUACUUUCGUCACAGCUUCACCCUAUCUGGCUCUAAUUCAGUCGAUGGGAAUCGUCUCUGCACACGCCUAUGAGUUCUUCGACAAAAUCUGGCCUGAAUUUGGCGGUGGCCCUCGAUUGAUCCGGGUGCCACAAUUCUUGCAAAGACUGUUUGCAGCUCCGGCGGGUACCGGUCAGACACGUGCUUACGGCACCGCAUUUGGUGCCCGGUCUGGUGGCCCGGGUUCAGCACCAGUUGCUCAAGCGGAAGCUGGCCGAGCUGGUGGUUGGACCAGCGGGAGUGCCUGGAACUCUCGAGGAGCAGGGCGACGUCUUGGAGGAGAUUGA